UUUAUUAAUUUGUGGAGAUUAUUUUAAAAUCUUGAGUGAAUAAAAAAAAAAUUUAUCUUUUAUUCUUUGAAAAUGCUGAAUCAUUUAAUUUCCAUUAUUUUUUACAUUACAUUCAUAUUGUUAUCUUUUUUCAAUAACAACAACAACAACAAAAUCGAAUGCACAUUGCAACAGCCACGUUAUGCACCAAUUAUUAAUCUCGAACAUUAUGGCCGUGUACGUGGCAUCAUUGAAAAUGUACCGAUAAUCGAUUCGAAUCACAAUGAAGAUAUUUAUUUCUAUCAAGCAAUACGUUAUGGUAAAGCUAAACGUUUUGAACGGCCAGAACGUGCUGAUAGUUGGUCAAAUGAUGUUUAUGAUGCAAUCAAACCACGUUAUGCAUGUCCACAAGUAGGUUAUAAUUCGAGUUCAAUGAGUGAAGAUUGUCUUUAUGCCAAUGUAUGGACUUCAGUACGUGCAUUAGCAUCGAUUGAAAAACCAUUACCGGUUAUGGUUUGGAUUCAUGGUGGUGCCUUUAAAGUUGGUAGCAUUUUUCAAGAUUUAUAUAAUGGUGGAAUUUUUGUCGCUAACGGUGAUGUAGUUGUUGUUAGUAUCGCUUAUCGUCUUGGAGCUUUCGGAUUUUUAUAUACUGGAGAUGAUCCCGAAUUAGCACGUGGAAAUCAAGGUCUUUACGAUCAAAUUCUUGGUUUACAAUGGGUUCGUGAUAAUAUUCACAAUUUUGGUGGCGAUCCAAAUCAGGUGACAGUGUUUGGUGAAUCAGCAGGAUCGAUGAGUGUAGGAAGUUUGAUCAUUUCUCCAUUAGCUAAUGGUCUAUUUCAACGAGCUAUUAUGCAAUCGGGUGCACCAAAUCCAAAUGUUUGUUCCAAUUCGAAAGCUGAUGAAUUAUCGAAUGGAUUGGCGUUGGCAAAAAAAUUAAAUUUAUAUAAUGAUGAAAGCAUGGAGAAGACUAUGGAAUGUUUACGAAAUAAAACCAUUGAAGAAAUUUUAGCCACAGAUUCACCUGAUAUGACAACUCCUUUUGUACCUAUCUAUGGUGAUGAUUUCAUGCCAUUGAAUCCGGUGGAAGCAUUGAAAAGUGGUCAAGGUUUAAAUCAAGUAGAUUUAAUGUUUGGUGUUACACGAGAUGAAGGUGAACUUUUUCUUCAAAAAUUUUUACCUGAUAAUAAAAAAGCAACCAUUCAUCAGGUUCAGGACUAUAUGCGAAUUAUUUUCAUUGGUAAACCUUUUGUUGAAGAAGUUAUUGAAUUCUAUACAAAAAAUUUGAAUGAAAAAAAUGUAACACUUGCUCAAUUAAGGCAUGCACUUUCGGAUGUUUUUGGUGAUUAUAGUUUAAUUUGUCCAACCAUAUUGUUUGGUGAAGAAUAUUUUCAACGAUUUCAUAAUGUUGAAUUUUAUUCAUAUCGUUUGAUGGCACCGAUUAAAUCGAUACAUUUUCUCAACGAUACUUGGGGUGGUGUAGGUCAUGCUGCCGAUCUUUUCUACAUGUUUGGCCAGCCAUUUCAAAUGAAAAAUUUGAAAUUUACACAACAAGAAAAAGAUCUAAGCCGUGAUAUGAUUAAAGCAUGGAUCCGAUUCGCACAAAGUGGGCAUCCAGGACCGAUUGGAAAUGCAAACAUCAAAUGGAAUGAAGCUUUCGCCGAAUCAUCAUCAACACAAUUCAUGGCAUUGGAUUCGGAAAAUUAUCAUAUGGUAAAAGAUUAUUUCAAACCAAUUUGUGAUGAAUUUUGGAAACCGAAAAUUUUUGUCUAAUUUUAAGUAAUAAUAAUUUAAUCAUGUGAAAAAAAAUUCAAUUUAUCCAUUGACAUUAUGUUUAUAAUAUUGUUAAUAAUAAAAAUCAAUGAAUUUGCCGAUCAA